AUGCCUGACGAAGAUGUUUACGAUGAAGCGGAUGUGAUCAACUGUCACGUGUGCGAUGUGGUUGUUCCGAGGGCGUAUUUCAGGAUACAUGCUCAGAGCAGAAUACACCAGAAUAACAAAAAAAUAAGUGCAUUGUUCGUAGAAAACCUCUUCAGUGAUUACACUCUUCUCGCGCAUGAUGUUAUGAAAAAUAGGCAUUUUAAUUCAUUUUACUGCACAUCCUGUGUCAGACUGGUUCCCGAUGAUCAAACAUUGGCGCACGGCUUGUCCGUUGAACAUUUCAAGUCCACCGAAAAGGAGUCUGCGUUAAACGUCUUCGUUGAAAUGUUUAUUGACAAGAAACGAGAGGAGUCUGCGGAUCUUGAUGAUAUUCUCUUCUACGAAGUGGAGGAUGAUGAAUUAGAUUCAGGGUUAAACCCUCAUCAGCCUGAAGGAAUAGCUUCAGGGUCAAACGGCAAUCAGCCUUCAGAAAUAUCUUCAACGUCAAACAGUUAUCAGGCUACAGAAAUAGCUUCGGGGUCAAGCGAUCAUCAGGCUGAAGGCAGGCCCGCUUGGCUUGACCAUACUAGAGCUAUGUUCCGGCGUAAGAUAAAUGGUUUAUGGAGUCACGACUUGGUGAGCAACAAAUACUAUUUAACUCGACCGCAAGACGCCAUUGCAAAGGGUAACGACAAACCACACCCAGAAAAUAAUACUCCCAAAGUAACCGAAGCACCAACCUUAACAAAUAAGAACAAUAGCUUUGUACAUUGUGAAGUUUGUGACAUAAACAUACAUGGACAUAAUUUUGCUGGACAUGUCCAAGGUAAACAUCAUAGGAGAAACCAAAGGAAGAUUGAUAAACAAAACAUAAAAGCGACACAAAACUCAGUCCAGACGCAAGAAGACCAACAGGAAUAUGGCAUCACUCAAGAUCAUGUCGACGAUAGAAAUGGACCGAUGGACGUCGAGGCUUUCAUGGUGUACUUAAAAGAGAUGGUUUCAAAAUAUAAUUUGAAAUACACACUGCCAAUUGUCAAAAAUGGUGGUUUAGUUGUUGUCACAUCCCAUGGAUUUGAAGCGGCUACAACUGUGGAAAGUUUUCAUGGGUACUGGCCGACGGAGAGCAGUAUGUAUUGUCAACUGUGCGAGAUGACGGUAUCUGUUAACACAAGAGUCCACAGCGAAACUCGUAUCCAUGUAAAGAAUAUUACACAAGCCAUAGAUGUACACUUCACUCGAAAGAUAAGCGUAGUGACGUCUCACUGUCUGCUGUGCAACUUAACCGUCUCUGAUAGCGCCGAACAUGCGACCACUGAUCCUACCCAUUAUUCUUACAUGAAAGACCGUGUCUCUAAGGUUGAGCAAAUCGAAGGUACUACAGAUAAGAAAAGGAAGCUAACACACUGUGACGUGUGCAAUAUUUAUUUGACUCCGAAUACUUACGAAGACCACCUCAAAGGCAAAAGGCACUUGCAGACUAUAAGGCAGUAUUCUGACCAAAGAGAGACACCUGCAAAUAUGAUCUUUUGCCCUAUUUGCUUGAGAACUAUACAUUGUAACAGUUUCCAAGAACAUUGCAAUGGCAAGAGGCACAGUGCGCUGGCUAAGAGAACAGCACGAGAGUCGCAAACUCAAUGUGAACCUACCGAUCAAGGGGACACAGCUCGCUGA